CGAUUGCAUCGACUAUCAACGGUGGAGAGACAUGCGUCAUGGAGACGGAGGACAUUCUGAAGGGUUUUGCAGAAGGCAGCAAGGAAGGGAAUUCGGCACGAGGGAACAACGCAGACUGUGCAGAGGUGCUUGCGACAAUAUGUGUACAGACUGCAGAGAUGAUGGGUGAUGGUGAUGAAACAGAGAAUGAUGCAGGAGGGAACACUUGUGAGACGGAAACGGCUGGGGAAGAGAGAGAGGAGGGAGGUCUGGGAAGCAGGGAAUCUCUGACAGGACAAUUAAGGUUGAACGAUGGGGCAACAACAGAGGUAAAAGCACGAUAUGCAAUGAACGUGUGGCGCGUUCUGGGGGCGCAGGGCGAGUUCAGGCUGAACGAUUUUUUGUACGGCAUUUUUGAUUGUGAAAAGGCAUGGGUGAUUGGCAGGAACGACGCAACAGGGAGUACAGCGUGCCACGAGAGCGAUGCGAGGAGGGAUCCUAGGUGGGGUUGGGUGCCAUGUGUGAUCCCGAUUCCAUGUGGCCGUGUGAGGAUGAUGAUGCGUGAUGCCAUGGGAAAUGUCUGGAGCACGCAUUAUGUGAAUGACAACUUCUCCUUCAGGCACCUCGACAGGGAGGUCUCAGAAGACGAGAAGAAGGCAAUGGCAUAUAAUACCCACACUGCUGGCUGUUUUUUCCCGCCGCUUCGGAACCCUGUGGACUCGGAGGUGGUUGAAGGGAAAGUUUUCACUGGUGAGGAUGGCAGCACAUACACGCAUGCAAGAGGGCAGGAAGCCACGUACGAUGGAGUAUGCUCGCAGAUAUGGGACCAUGUCACAAUGAGGAGUGACGUUCUGUCUGCCAUGGGCCCCAAUGUCACAAUGAGGAGUGACGUUCUGUCUGCCAUGGACAUUGGGGCCCGCAUUGUGGAGCAUUGGCAGUUCCUCGUGGUUCUAGCACGUGUCUCUAUUCUCAAUGUGAAUGUAAAGAACCACGUCCUGGUGGUUGAACACGCAAAGCGGUGCUGGGAGAAGACAAGGGAGGAGGAGCGUCAGAUGGUGUGCGAGGGUUAUGACUCCAUGGCUGACCAGGGAAUGUGGUCUAUGGUUGAGGGGAGUUGUACGGCCCAAGAGCACGACGACGGUGAGAACAGAUAUAUGGCUUGCAUUCGCCGCAGGCACGGUUGCACGACCGUUCUAAGCGUUCUUGGUUGGGUCCCGGUCGUAUGUCCCAUGACAUAUGAGCAUGGUGGAGACGUCACCAUGAGAUUCAGAGACCCGCUUGGUGUGCCUUUCUAUCUGACCUACUCAGAUGGACUCCUGCAAGACAUUCGGUAUAUGCCGGAGGCUGGCUUGCCAGGUUUAGCACAGGCAGGCAAGAGGACAGAGAAGCGCUCAAAAAUUUCCCGUUUGUCUGCUGAGGUGGAGGGCCCAUGUGGUCCUGGUCGCGUCGGGGGGUGCUCUGCAGCACGAUGUGACAUGGGCGGGCUGAGCGAUGUCGCGAUGUCGCAGAGCCCGGGGAAGAAGAAGAAGUGCACGCCCGGACCGCCAUGUGGGCAGACGCCCGCAGGCAGAAAGAAGGUGAACCCGAAGGUGGUGCCAGGGACUGGAGACACCGCAGGUGCACGAACUCAGAUCUUCAGAUGCCGUCGACGCCCCGGGAUGACAACUUUGUCGGAAAUCAGAAAGUUGCAACGAUCCACUGACCUUUGCUUGGCUUUCAGGCCGUUCUUGCGUCUCGUGCGCGAGGUUGUGGAGCGGGACAUUGCUCCAGGUAUGGGCGUGAGGUUUCAGAUGAUGGCGGUGCGUGCUUUGAUGGAGGCUGUCGAGGCGUACUUGGUCGCUAAUUUCGAGAACACCAACGAGGUGGCCAUCUAUUCGAAGAGGGUGACGAUCCAGGUCAGGGACAUGAGACUGGUGGAUAGGUUGUCGAAGCCUCGCUGGGUUGAGAAAUAUCAAGGGAUGUGCGAAGAAGGAGAUGUGGAUAUGACAAUGCAACAGACAGGGGGGGCAUAUACACCUGCAAACUUGGGCAAGUUGCGGGGCACUCUCGCACGGAAUGAGGGAAUGCUGGUUGAUGGGUCGAAGGACGAGUUGAAGAGUGGUGCUGCAGAAAUAUUGGGGUUGCACGAAGUGACAGAGUUUCCACUGCAGGGUCAAGAUCUGAUAGAAUUUGUGCCAGCAAUAACAGAAGACAACAUCAUAUCUGGUAGACCGUUGUGGGGGGAGUUGUUAUCAGCUGCUUUGGAGCGGCUCGGUCUUGCAAACUGCGAUGUUGAGAGACAAAGAGAAAGAGAAGAAGGGUGGAAGGUGACGGCCACGGAAACAAAUUUAGCAAUCAUUCCAGACAAUGGACAGACAUCAGCAGCACAAGAAUCAAUAACGAGUAUGGCAGUCGAUGCGCCUCCCAUGCAGACAGCAACGAGAGAGCAGCUAAUGUGUUGCGAUAUCUUCAAUGCUUUCACAAUGGAGAAAGAACAAUGUGAUCAUGGAUUUGAAGAGGCCGAUUUGCCAAGUUGUUGUGCACAGCAUACAGACAUUGCAGAAGAAGAAGAUGAAGAAGAGGAUGAGGGGGCAUCAUCUUUUGACGUGGAAGUGAGCGGCAGCGAUGUCAGCAACGAUGAGGAAAACGAGGAACAUGAUGUAUACUAUGAUUUGAAGGCUGCGGGUGGACAAGUGACAAAAGGGUGGGCACAUGCAAUUCUGAGGUUGGCACGUACUUUUCCCGAUCCUCACAAAGUGCUGCGUGUUGUGAUGAAGGGGGCAACACCAGAUGGUGCACUACAACCUUUCAUGUCAUUACGAACUUUGAACUCACAUCGUGCAAGGGCAUGCCCGGCCGUGGCGGACGAAAGAACACAUGGCCAGGAGAUGGGUGUGGUCGAUGACGCCGGAGCAUCAAAUAUAGGUGCAGUGAAUCUCGUGAGCGAUGAGAGUGAGGACGUCGGGGCUCCCGGGAAUGUAGAUGGCGAGGGCGGGACAUUCGAAGAGCAGCAACCGCAGCCUGUCGAAUCUUUUGACAGCUCUUGCAAGCUGGCGACACUGAUUUUCUUCGUCAGGGGCGGCGUUGGAGCAGCGACGGCACAACGCAGGACGAGGUCGGUGACGGGGCAGGCGAAGACGACAGAAGCGCGGACGGAAGAGGGAGUUCCCCAUCUCCGAGAAAAACGCGACGCACGAGGGAACCCGAAAGUGGCGGCGAGGGAGGCGCAGCCGACGCGCCCUCCAUUGACAGACAACUAGUGAGGCACGACAACGCAGUUAAAAAAGGUAAACAAAAUGUCUUGAAAUUG